AAUGUUUAUAUCCUAUUAAUGUUGCAUUAUAAUUUUGACAAGUUUUAAAGUAAUUAAGAAUUGCUUUGAAAAGAUUCAAUUAUCCUUUUAUUUUAGGCGUAAUUCCAUGUCUUCAUCUGAAAAAGUGAAGAGCAAUAACUUAGGUACAGGGGUUGAGUUAAAUUUACUAAUAUUUACAAUCUUGUUUUUUGAAAGAAAAUGAGGUUAAAUAUCCCUGCAUGGUGCCAAUUCCUUUUUGCUUCCUCAUAAAUUCUAAACCUGUUUAGUAAUUGUAGACAUGGACACUACUUUGUGGUCUAUUUUUGCUGGACAAUAGGCAAUUAACAAGAUUAAGCCAUAAAGGGAUUUUUGUUGCUGUGCAAUUUCUUUCGAUCAGAACUACUAUCGUCAGCGCAAGUUGUGUGUAUUCUCUAGAAAGUGUCCCUUUAGGCUAUCUUCGGUUUCUUUUUUCAUGAACUAAUACCUCUAUCUUCAGUUUGCUUUGUUAAGUACGUCACAGCCAUUUUAUCCUAAAGACAUGCUAUUAGUUGGCUAUUUUUAUCAGUUCUUAUGCCUAGAUUAUUGUAAAUCUGCUAACUUUAUUUAUUGAUCCUUGUCUUUUUGCUUGUGCAGUACUACUUAUAUUAGACUUCAGAACUUGGAUAAACCCUACAUCAUUUAGGCGUCCUAAACAAUUUCCAAAUCUGGUUAUGGAGCAUCAUUUUUGUCAUGAGAGAAGAGUUCAUUUUGAUACCACUAGCUUGAGAAGUAAAACCACGAAUAUAUCUCUGUUGCCUAAUUUUAUGUGAGGUGAUAUUGGUUGUGUAUCUUUGUCCUUUUGUUCUUUCUAGUUAGCAGAGCAACUUGUUCUGUGGUUGUCUUGUCAAAUUAUCUUUUGCCUGCGAUAUUGUUCCCUGCCUUUCCAUUAAGUUCAUAGGUUUCUUUCUGCUAACUAACCUCCAAAAGCAUGUCUGUAGUCUUUUCUAAAUAAUACUUCUUCUAGUUGGAACAAUGGAUCUUUCUUCGUAUGUCAUGGGAUAUAUGUUGGAGAUGGUAUGGUAAUUCAUUUCACUAGAGCAGCUGGGCAUGAAAUCGGGACAGGAACUUUCCUAGAUCGCAUUAUUUUCAGCUCCUCCCCGUCAAAUGCAAAUACCACUUGCGAGAGAUGCGGCGAUCAUAGCGAGCAACAGGGAGUGAUGAUCUCCUGCCUUGAUUGCUUCUUAGAUGGCGGCAAUCUGUAUAUCUUCAACUAUUCAGUCUCUCCAGCUCUCUUCUUCGCCAAAGCUCGAGGAGGAACCUGUACUCUUGCUGCUUCUGACCCAUCUGAUGUUGUCAUCCACCGUGCCAAGUAUCUCCUUGAUAAUGGAUUCGGCACGUACUGCUUAUUCAAGAACAACUGCGAGGACUUUGCGAUAUAUUGCAAGACCGGUCUACUUGUGGCGAGUACAUUCAGUGUGGGAAGGAGCGGGCAGUUGGCUUCGCUGACGGCUGCGAUCAGCGCAGUGGCGUCUUCGCCUCUUCGUUUCUUGACAACCAGUGCAAGUGGGCUGGCGUUGGUGACGAGUGGGAUGUACUGCAUUGGAAGAUAUGUGUCAGAUAUUGGAAUUCGGCGUGACGUUGUUAAGAUUCCUGUUGAGAGUCUGGUGAUGCACGUAGUAAUGGAGGAACCUGAAGCAGCAGCUGCUGCGGCAGGAGCAGCAGAUGAGGCUGUGGAACGUAGCUAAAGUCCUGAAACAGACUUCGUGUUUUGGAAGGAGAACAUUAUAUUGGCAAGGUUUGCAUGUCACCGCAUUUAUAUCACUGAAAUACUCGUGGAUUUGGAGAAAGAUUUGGAUAAGAGAUUCCUCUAGCUGUAUGUUUCUAUGAAGAGCAAUUCAUGUAAGGCUGGGUUGGGUUCGUAUCUUCUAUGUUAAUCCGCAUAAUUUGCCGCCUGAUUUCUUGUUUGCUUUAUUUGAACUUCCUUAAAGAGCUGGAAGUGAGUUGUAACCUUGCUUGCAGUGCACUGCAUGCUUCAAAUUCUAUUAUAUGUGUCCAGUUGUUACAACUGCGACUUUAAAUUGCACAGUUUGGUUAUGAAAA